AUGAAGUGCUGGGUGCAGUUUCUGACCACGCCUUCGGCGGACACUCCUGGCACAACAUUGCUGCUGCAUUUUGAUUCAAAGCGUUACCUUAUUGGACAUGUUGCGGAGGGCACUCAGAGGGCCGCGGUGCAGAGGAAGUUGGGACUGGUGAAGGUAUCCGAUAUCUUCUUGACGGGGAGGGUUGGGUGGGGAACGACGGGAGGUAUAUUGGGCAUGAUCUUGACGCUCGCAGAUGUGGUCACAGGCUCCAGGGAAGAUUCCAAAGAGAAAGGCAAAAAGGUAGCGGAGGAGGACAAACAAUGGCUGAACAUACACGGAGGGGAGAAUUUGACGCAUUUGUUAGCGACUGCGAGGCGAUUCAUAUUCAGGAAAGGGCUUCCGGUCCACACGCAAGAGUUCAGAGGUGGGAAGGACGCGCGACCUCCCAGUGCGGACCCGACGUGGCAGGAUGAUCUUGUCAAGGUGUGGGCUAUGGUUCUCGAGCCUGAGCGUCCAGCUGCUGCUAGCUCAAGGAAACGAAGUCAUGAAGAGUUUCGCACCGAGAUCUUACCAGUAUCCUUGGAUGGCAAAGAAGAAAAUGCGGAAGAAGCGAAUGACCGAGACGACCAAAUUCGAAAGGGCGUUGUAGCUGCUAUGUUCGAGUCGAAAUGGCGCCUGGAUACCCUCAUCACAACGAAGCUUUCGGACGUUGUGAUGCCCGCAACAGUGUUUAUCAGGAAUGAGCAAGGGAAGAUCGAGAAGUACCAGGGGCCGUUGCCAGGCUCAGGGAAGGACGUUCCUGAUAUCGAGGUUCUUACGCGAAAUCCUUGGCCCGGUGCAUUAAUUGAGAGCCUCCCACCCACUGCGCCUGCCACGAGCUCAGUCUCGUAUAUUAUCAAAGGCCAUCCACAACGUGGCAAAUUUCUCCCUGAUGUAGCCAAGAAGUUAGGAGUUAAGCCUGGGCCUCAAUUUCGCGCAUUGACCACGGGAGAGUCUGUAACUCUAGCUGAUGGUACGAUUGUCACUCCGGAGCAGGUACUUGAGCCUGGGAAGGAAGGUGGUGGCUUUGCCAUCAUCGAUCUCCCAAGUAUUGAGUAUGUCGAUGCAAUGAUUAACCGUCAAGAAUGGUCAUCAAAAGAUAUCAUGAGCGGAGUCGAGAUGGCGAUCUGGAUCCUCGGACCUGGUGUCGUUGAGGAUCCAAGGUUGAAGAAGUUCAUGGAAGAUCACACGGAGCUGAAACACAUUGUCUCCUCUACCGACACUUCUCCAAAUCACAUUGCUUUCGAAUCGCCUGCUGAAGCUGCCAUUCGAUUGCAUCUACUGGAUCCUGAACGGUUCCCAAUCCCAGUUCAUAGCCUUGAACCGACUCUACAGAGCAAGGCAUCAGCUCCGCCGCUUUACGAGGAUGCAAGAGUUGGCAAAACCUUUGUGUUGGAGCCUAAAUUCGAGGUGGAAGAUGACAAGAUAAUCCCGUAUCUAGAUACCGCCAAGGUUAUCCGGGAAGCCUCACCAGAGGUCAAGGCAUUGGCAGAAACGGCGCGAAUGGAAGUCACAAACCCAGAAUAUCUAGCACGACUGGCAGAGCGUCAAGAAGACAUCCCAAGCAAGGAUGCUGAGGUCAUCACUCUUGGAACGGGUUCAGCCCUGCCAUCGAAAUAUCGCAACGUCUCGGCAACUUUGCUUCGAGUUCCUGGUUUUGGGAACUAUCUCUUUGACUGUGGUGAAAAUACACUUGGUCAAUUAAAGAGGGUAUUGGGAGAUGAGUUGCCAGAGGUACUUCGUGACCUUAAAGUAAUCUGGAUUAGCCAUCUGCAUGCUGAUCACCACCUCGGUACGGCAUCUGUGAUCAAGGCCUGGGAUCAAGAGACGCGAAAUAAUGAUGUGACAAAGAGCAGAAAGCUUAUAGUAGCGUCCGAUCGUGGCAUGCUCGAAUGGCUGAGGGAGUAUGCGGAAGUGGAAGCUUAUGGCUACGAUCGAGUUGAGCCAAUCACGAUGGGUCGCUCAACCAAAGACUACGACCACCAAUUCACCCCUGAACAGACACAGCUAAACGGCCUUACAUCCAUUCAGUCCUGCUUAGUUGAGCAUUGCAAUGGAGCCAUGGCCACCGUUUUUAACUUUCCUAAUGGAUUCAAAGUUGCCUAUUCCGGUGACUGCAGACCCUCGAAAACGUUUGCAGAGCUUGGAUACGGUGCUACUCUCUUGAUUCACGAAGCCACUUUUGAUGAUGAGCUCCGAGGUGAUGCACUCCUUAAGAAACACUCGACGACUUCCGAAGCCUUGGGCAUUGGCAAGCAGAUGAACGCCAGACGAAUCCUGCUGACCCAUUUCUCGCAACGAUACCAGAAGAUCCCGGUCAUGGAUGAUGGCACAGAUCAGGUUGCGAUUGUUGCCUUUGAUUAUAUGCGGGCGAAGCUCGGCGAUUUUGCAAAGGUCGAGUCAUUCAAGCCCGCAUUGAUGAAGCUAUAUGAAGAUAAGGAAGACAAGUGA